UUUGAGGAUUUUAAAAGGCCCUGAAAACGUUUUCUUAACCGGCGUUCCCGUUUUGAACUUUGAUUAUUUGACAUGAGAGAUUUUCCAUGAGUCCGUAAGUCAUUUCCUUUAUGCUCACUGACAUUUUACAAGGAGAAGUCUUUGGCCAACACGACAUUUAAAGUGGUGGUAAGAUGAAUGUAGAAUAAAUAAAAGUGUCCUGUGCCUCGCCACUAGAUGGACACUGUGUGUAUCUCAGAUCCAACCAGGCUGAAUGAGACACUUUUGUAUUCAUCAACAGAAGAAUUAAGAACAGUUUUUUUCUUAGCGGCCAAACACCAAUAUCUUUGUGUUUAAAAAAAAAACACACACACACACAAAGAGUCAUUUUAAUUCUCAUUACAUUUCUUCGCAGUUCUGCAGAAAGCUGCUGUCGUUUAACUUUCUCCAUAAUUCUUCUUUUGUGAGCCCAUAAAAAGGUGAGCGUGACCACCUCGUUACCUCGCCAGUAAAAGAACACGGCCCCCGGUGCCGCGUGAGCGACGUCGGUGAGCAGAGUCCACCGGCCCCACCGGCUGCUCCCGGGAGCUGAUGGUCAAAGUCUGCCGCCCCGGCCUCACGCCAGCAGCUGCUCGGGGGACCAUGCCGUCGGGGAAGACGCUCAAGCUCGUCCUGUACGAAGCGCUGCAGUUGGCGGCCCUCGCCGUGCCCGUCUUGGUGGUGAUGGAGAGGUUCGCCGCCCUGGUGCGCGACGUGAGAGGACGGGAUCUGACGGCCUACUGGCUGGUGGUGGCGGCGGCCGUCGCCUACGUCACCUCCGUGGUCCUGCUGGUGUGGGUCCCCCUGAAGUAUCUGAUCCUGAAGAGGCGCCGGUUCAUCUCCGGGAUCACGCAGUGGAGACCAACAGCGCUGGCGUAUCUCAUCCUGUGUACGUUACCGUGCUUUGCCAUCUUCAUUGCCAGCUCCAAGGUGCAGGUGGACCGAGGGCUCCGGCUCGACCGCUUCUCCGAGUUGCCCGUUUCCUUGGUGCUGGUCUCCCUCAUCUGUGUGGAUAUCACGGAGAGGAUUCGCUCCUGCAGGCUCAUCGGACGAUCAGACAGCUUGGAUUCUGACUUGGACGUGCCGGGCCCCGUCCUCACCCAACUGGAGCCGGUGACCACCGUGACAGGCCAGCUGCACGCCGACGAAGGCCAGAAGGGCUCGACCCAAAGUGCCCCGCAGGCCACCAAUGGCGGCACCUCGGGCAGAUGGCGGGACCUCGCCGCCGCGCCCGCCCGGCCAGCACCCGGCCGGCCCGCGCCCGGCACCGCCUACCUGUACUCCUCGCCCUCGCGCCGGCGAUCCAGCUCGGGCCCUCUGGGCUUCCUGUGGAGGAGGGACGGCCGGGCGGAGGUGUUCGCGGACAGCUUCCUGUUCUGGCUCGACACGGCGGAGAUGGUGAGAGUGGCGGGCGAGCCGGCGGUCUUCUACUCGGCCUGGGUGUUCCCCGUCUACGCGCUCGCCUUCCUGUCCACCCUGCGCGCGGUCUUCACCCCUCGCAACCCGCUGUCGUCCUCGGCCGGAGUCGCCCUGCAGGACGUCCCUUUCUGCGUCGUCCGAGUCGCUCUGAUCGCCGUGUUCGGUUUUGUAACUCCUGUGUUGUACCCUUUGAAAAAUGUGCUGGUGAGCCUGACUUUUGUCUACUUUGCCUUCCUGGCCAGGCUGAGGGUUUUCCGGAGGCAGAGCAUGUUUUGAGGAGGAGGGGCGCCUUCUGUUGUCAGUGAACGGUCCGGACAGGUGGUGGAUGGUCGAACAGGUGGUGUGUUCAUGUGAAGGCAGCGACAGAAACGGACGGUGCAGGUGAUCAAGAACAACGCGCUUUGAAAUGUGUCGUAAGGCCGCUCGUACCAAAACGUGUAGUAAUUAUUCUUUUUUUUUAACCGUGUACAGUGUAUUUCAGCGGUCAUUUUACUACAUUCUUUAAUCCAAAUGUAUUUAUUGAUACUUGGUUUAUCUGCUAAUGUUUUUUAUCCGUACAUUACACAUUAUAAAAAGUGAUGAAAACAACACAUGGGAAAACAAAAGCUUGGAAACUAUUUCAAUCAACUAUCAAUUAUGCUUAAUAAAUAUCCUUUGUUUAAAACAUAUAACAACAUCUCAAUAACAACAAUGGGUGAAAUGAAGUAUCACUCCUCAGAAGGGAAAGUCCUUCGCCGGAUGGAGAAAUGGAAACAAAAUCAACUUCCUGCAAAUGAAAUGUAUUUAUAUUAGUAUUAAUUGUUUCAUAAUGUUUCAUUAAUAUUACUUACUACUAAUGUUAUUACUUUCUAUGACAUCUUUUGCAUAUACUGUAUUACAUAAAAAGUGCAAAUCCAGCGCAUGUUCUGUUUUCUUCCAGGUGAGAUUUCAUUCAAAGACAAACGCAGGAGAGAAAACUACUUUAAUCUUGACAGAUUUAGAUUUUCCUCUCAGGGCUUCUGUUAAGGUGGAAUACCUCAUGGAACAGAAACAUACAAAAAUACAUUUCAACUAAUGAAAAACAUCACCAAGGCGCUCGUCAGAAUAUUUGAAGUAUUUUAAACUGUUGAACGUGUAACAGACGCAAAAGGUGAAGACAGAUUUUGAAGAAAAAAAGGCAUCAGUUACUAGUGAAUUUCUAUCUGCUCACUAAGUGGGAAGAUUUGUGAAAUGUGUUAUUGAUGAUACAAUAGUGUCAGUGUGAUGGGACGCUGGGCAAUCAGCUGCAAUUCACAGCUGGGAGAUUAACAUUGACUAAUAUAUUUAUUUCCCACAGCAAUGAUUCAUUCUACAAUCUGCAAGAAAGUUAUAAGGGUAACUUCAUCAUCUGGAAAGCAGGAAUAAAACCUCAAAGUAAAUUGA